GGGAAGGGAGGGAGGAGGAGGUGAAGGCGGAGGAAGAAGAAGAGGAGGAGGAGGAGAAGGGAAGAAGGGGAGGAAGGAGGGGGGGGUCUGCGUGCCCCCCCCCCGCCCCGUUUGCACUCGGGAAGCGGCGACGCGGGAGCCGGGGCGGGGCGGGGCCGCCAUGGUGACGCGGAGCGCGGCCGCCCCCCCCCCCAGGCUCUUCCUCCUCCGCCCGUUGGGUUCCACCAUGAACGGUACCGAACCCCAACCCCUUCCCGAUUCCUUCCCGGAAAACUGCCCGGAAUUUUCCGCUCCGUCUCCGGCAACGCCGGGAUGGCGGGAAUUCUGCGAGCUCCACGCCCGCGCCGCCGCCCGCGACUUCGCCCGCCGUUACCUCGCCUUCGUUAGCGCUCACCCUCACCUCCUCGCCGCCGCUUCCGAGGUCGCCUUUUCCCGUCAUUUCGCCCGCUAUUUCCUGGAAUACUUCCAAGCCGAAGUCUCCCGCGCUUCCGGGGACCCCCAAUCUUCACCCCUUCCAUCUCGCUGCCCCCCUUUUCCGGUACCGUUACCGCCGCCGCGAGCGCCGUCCGAAACCGGCAGCGAAUCUUCCUCGGCCGCCGCUUCUCCGUGCGAUCCCGUUUUUCCGCAAUCGCGAAGUUCCGAGGAUUUAGGGCCCGGGGGGGGGGUCCCCAUUUCCUCAUCGCCUCCGGUGAAAUCGAAGCUUCGGAAGCGCUUUUCCUUGAGGAACGUCGGGAGAAGCGUUCGGGGGAUCCUUCAGUGGAGAGGAGGAGGAGGAGGAGGCGAUUCCUCACCCCCUUUUCCCACCAACUCCAACUCCAAUUCCUCAGGGGGGGCCGCGGGGGCGCCCCCGGAUCGUUGGAGCCAACGCUUGGAACGUUUGCGUUUGGGGCGACCCCCGGGACCCCCGAAACGAGAAGGGGUUUUGAGUUUUUGGGUGGCGGAAGAUGGCGACGGAGGAGGAGGAGGAGGAGACGGCGAAGGGGAUCUGGAAAUGGGGGCGACGGCCACCAUUUGGGGGGGCGGCGGAGGGGGGGGGCGAUGGCAGCGCUGUCGCCUUCUCCUGCGUCCCGGCGGUGACGGAGCCGGCUUGGAGAUCUACGUGCCCCCCAAGGCCCCCCAACCCCGGCUGCGUCUGCCCCGCUCGGCGUUGGGGGGCGCGCGCCCCGCUACCCCCCUGGAGACCCCAGCGCGGGAGCACACCUUCCUGCUGCGGACGGUGUCGGGAUCGGAGCUGCUGUUCCAGGCUGGAGACGCUCGGCAGCUGCGGGGGUGGCUCGGGGCGCUGCGGGAGUGGGGACCCCCGGGGGAGGACGCGGAGCCCCCCCCGAGCGUCGACCCCCCCGAGAGCGGCGCCGGACGGGAGCAGCCGGGAGACAGCGCCGAGCUCCUGGCACAAGGUGCGUACGGGGGUCUCUCCGAGCGCCCCUCGGCCUCAGUUUCCCCCACUUCCGCCUCCCGCCGGGGCUCCGUGGAGCUGCCGCCCCCCCCGGAGCUGCCGCCCCGCGUUCCCAUCGAGGAGGCGCCCUUCGCUCCGGGGUUACUCCACGCCCCCUUUCCCGACCCCCCCGACGGAGCAGGGGGAGGCGGGGGCCGAGGGGGGGGACGCCCUGGAGCACCCCCUCUCCGAGUACCCCUGGUUCCACGGGACGCUGUCGCGGCUGAAGGCGGCGCAGUUGGUGCUGGCGGGCGGCGCCGGGAGCCACGGCGUCUUCCUGGUGCGGCAAAGCGAGACGCGGCGCGGGGAGUACGUCCUCACCUUCAACUUCCAGGGGAAAGCCAAGCACCUGCGGCUGUCGCUGAACGAGGAGGCGCAGUGCCGCGUGCAGCACCUCUGGUUCCGGAGCAUCUUCGAUAUGCUCGAGCACUUCCGCGUCCACCCCAUUCCCCUCGAGUCCGGCGGCGCCUCCGACGUCACUCUGCUCAGCUACGUCGUCGCCUCGCAACGGCCCCACGGCCGGGAUCGCUCUGGGAGCCGCUCGGCCGAUCCGGAUCCGCGCAGCCCGGAUUCGCCCCCACUUCUCUCCAUCGCUGCCGCCGACUGUUUAGCCGAGCACCUCCCGUAGCGGCUCCGAGGCGGAAGAGGAGGCGGAAGGAGCCCCAAAUCACUCAGGGGGGGAGCACCCCGAUAUCCCCCCCCCCACUUCAAGUUUCAGACCUCAUUUUGGCCCCCGUUCUCCCAGUUUGGCCCCCGUUCUCCCAGUUUGGCCCCCGUUCUCCCAGUUUGGCGCCCCCUUCUCCCAGUUUCCCCCCCCUCCUCUCCCAGUUCUGACCCCCUCCCACCACGGUACGGCCCCCCCCGAGGUACGUUACA